AUGGCGUUCAGUUUCGGCUUUUCUGGUGAGGACAUAGAAGAAGACCCAAACGAUGUUGUGCAUCAGACACUGGAAACGAAUGCGCCUGGGAGCGACGAACCCCCACCGAUUACAGCUAGAACACAUAUAUUAGAGGAGCUGAUGUCCACCCUUCCUGACAAAAUUUCAUAUUCAACAAUAUCUAUAACGUCCCCAAAAGGCCUCACUGCCCGCCUCCCACGACGCGAACUCUUCGAUGUGCGACUUCAACUCAUGGCCGAAGAUGACGGGUCAUCCUCAAAUCCACUUGCGGGACUAGACGAUUCCGAUCUCCGCCCCAACCUUUACGAAGGUGGCUACAAAACCUGGGAAUGCAGCAUCGACCUUGUAAAGUAUCUCCUAGACCGCGGACCUCGCAAGGAUCUCGACGACAUAGUUCGCGUAAACCACGUCAUUGAAAUGGGCUGUGGCACGGCACUCCCCUCUCUGCUACUAUUCCAAUACGCGCUGCAGAACGCGCUCGGGAUAUACUUCACCCUGACAGACUACAACGUCGACGUGCUCCGCCUCGUCACCGUUCCAAAUCUUCUAUUAACAUGGUGUUCGACACUUGAUGAAGCGCGGAGCAAGGACCUGUUUCCUGAGAGCGGUAACCCACUGCUGAGCGACGAAGAGAAUGGCGAUGUAUAUCUCACGCCCGCCCUGCUCACAGCGUUCAAACAUUCGCUUCACACUACCGGUCUGACCUUCACCCUUCUCUCGGGCUCCUGGCUCCCGAUACAACCGCUACUUUCUCUCAUCCCUUCAUCGCCCGACUUGAAUACUUUCAUCAUGGGCUCAGAAACAAUAUAUAGUCCUGCGUCGUUGACUGCGUUUACCGAGGCUAUUACUGAAUUAAUGAAGCGUGUUACAUGCGGGAAGACUAUCGUAGCUGCUAAACGUGUGUACUUUGGCGUUGGCGGCAGUGUAGACGGCUUCAGAGAAGAAUGUGCGAGGAGAGGGUGUGUGGCAUACGAGAUGGAGUUUGAAGGUCUCGAAAGUGAUGGUGUGAGGAGGUGUUUGGUGGAGGUGCAGAUGUGCUAG